CCAAGGGGAAACACUAAACACCCAGAGGUGUUAGAUUUGUUGAAAACGCCCUGUGUAACCAGAAAACAUGAACUCGGUUGGUAGAGUGCUGCUCUCUUCUACAAUCAAGAGCAUUAAACUGCCUCCUAGAUCUCGAGGAGUGUGGCCAGUCGGCAGUGUACAGUUUCAUAUGUCAACGCCAGAUGGUGAUAUAGACUCUGCAGCUAAGCUGGUCGGCGCCGGCAUCGCCACUGUUGGUGUCGCCGGGUCUGGUGUAGGCAUCGGUGUUGUGUUUGGUUCCUUGAUCAUCGGAUACUCUCGCAACCCUUCACUCAAGCCUCAGCUGUUUUCCUAUGCAAUACUAGGCUUUGCUUUAUCAGAAGCGAUGGGGUUGUUUUGUCUUAUGAUAGCUUUCCUGUUGAUUUUUUGA